UGCAUGAACAGUGUUGCUUGUACUUUCAGUGUAUUUGCAUCAAGCUCCAACUCCUAGACCACAGUGCUACACGCGAUCCAAAAUAAACCAAUUCAAUACGUACACUUUUGUUUUCUGUCCUUCAAAACACCGGUAAACCUACCACGUGACCACAAGGUUACCGUGGCAAUACUGUGUUUGACUGUUGGCGGCGGCAUUCACGACUGCAGAUUCCCUGGCGUCACCAAGCAGGUAAGUAUGUUUUCUUUUUGUUUCACAAGAUCCCAUUGUACAUUAUCACGAGCACUAUGUUUAUUUUUGACGUUUCUCACGCACAGCUCGGCGAGUGACGUCAUUUUGUUGCCCAAAACCUUGCCGACGUCAAACAGUCCUUCAUGCGUUGGGUUUUGUAUACUUUUUAUGUUCAAUGUAGUGUUGUUCAAGGAAAAGAUUUACUCUACUUAUUUCAGUUUAAUUUAAACACAAAUGUAUCUAUAAUGCAUACCAUCUUUCUUCGUCGAUUGGCUAAGCGAAAUCACGUGGUUCACAGACUGACAAAACUUGCCUCGAGAUGUAUCUGUCACGUGCCCAGAGUCUCAGGCUGGCUGCUGCCCUCGAGGAGUGUUCGGACCAGCUGGGCAUUCUGGAACACACGCUUACCAUCCAAAUCCACAAAAAGUGCACCACUGACAAGGCACAGGCCAGAGUGAAAAAGGUGAAACGGGACUGUCACUAUAUCUCACAACAGGUCUCCAAGUUACAGGCUGAGCUCGAGGAGAAAAUGAGCUUCAGCUGCCUGCUGCAGGUAGUGGACGGACAGGACAAGGAGAAGAAUGCCGAGAGCAGCAAAAGAGAGGCAAAGAGAGAAAUGGAGAAGAGAAGACGCACGCUCCCAAAACAACAAGGGACGCUUCAAGAGAAAGUUGAUCAAUUGAAGGAACUGCAAACCUCGUACGAGGAGCUCAACGAUAAACUGCACCGACUUAUUAAUUCAAAUGCUGCCAGAAAGGAUCUGGAGGACAGAUGCACUGCGCAGCAGCUCCAGAAAACCCAAAAUGAAAUGAGCGAAGCUGAGAGGAGACUUGAAGACAAAGUUGUGCUGCUGAACGAUCAUUUUAAACUGCAAGAGCGAGUUCACGAAGAAGCCAAGAUUUUCCUGAAGAAACAAAAUGCGGAGUUACAAGAGCAGUUGCGACAGUGGCAGCAGUGCACAGAGCAGAACAUGCAAGAGAAGGAGGAGCAUCUCACCCGCACGCGCUACAAGAGAACAACAAACUUGGAAACGUUGACAACAAUGCAAAAGAAGUAUAGCGAGAUGGAGGAGGUGGUGAAGGAGGAAAGGGAGGAGGAGGAGAGACAGCGCCAGCUGGCGCUUAGGAAUAAAGCUGCUCUCAAGGUGCAGUCUUGGUGGAGAGGUGUCAUGGUCCGCAAAGGCUUUGGUAUUUAUCGGAAAGUAGAACCCAAGAAAAGCAAGAAGAAGGAGGGAAAGAAGAAGAAGAAAAAAUGAGUUGUAUUCAAUUAUGUUUAUCCAUUUUGACAUUAACAACAGCACCUCGUUCCCAUUUUUUCGUGCUUAUCUUAUGUUAAGCAGAUCUUAUGAAGUCUUAUGUUUGCAAUUGUCUGUCUGUUUAAGAGAUCUUUGUUGUUACAGUCUACCAUCUGGUUCAUGUAGUAGGAUGUGAGAGUUUGUACGAAUGCUUGCAUGAUAAAUCAGAAAAUUAAAUUCUUGUACGAAUGCUUGCAUGAUAAAUAAGAAAAUU